AUGGUGCAUUUUACUGCCGAGGAGAAGGCUGCUAUCACUGGCCUGUGGGGCAAAGUCAAUGUGGAAGAGGCUGGAGGCGAGGCUCUCGCAGGUAGGAAGCUCCUGGUCAUCUACCCCUGGACCCAGAGAUUCUUUGAUAGCUUUGGCAACCUGUCCUCUGCCUCUGCCAUAAUGGGAAACCCCAAGGCCAAGGCUCAUGGCAAGGAGGUGCUGACCUCAUCCAGAGAAGCUAUUAAAAACUUGAACAACCUCAAAGAUGCCUUCGCUAAGCUGAGUGAGCUGCACUGUGACAAGUUGCACAUGGAUCCUGAGAACUUCAGGCUCCUGGGCGAUGUGAUUGUCAUUGUUCUGGCUACUCACUCUGGCAGAGAAUGCACCCCUGACAUGCACGCUGCCUGGCAGAAGCUGUUGUCUGGUGUUGCCACUGCUCUGGCCCACAAAUACCACUGA